AUGAACUUUGGCAGACAGACACCGACAAUUGUCGUUCUGAAAGAGGGAACUGACACUUCCCAGGGAAAAGGCCAGACUAUUUCCAACAUCAAUGCAUGCCUGGCUAUCCAAGAUACGAUCCGCCCAACUUUGGGUCCUCUCGGAUCAGAUAUUUUGAUUGUUGGCGGAAACGGUGAAACCACCAUUUCUAACGAUGGUGCCACCAUUCUUAAGCUUCUCGAUGUUGUUCACCCUGCUGCACGCAUUCUUGUCGAUAUUUCUCGCUCCCAAGAUGCUGAGGUCGGUGACGGUACCACUUCCGUUACCGUUUUGGCUGGCGAGCUGCUCAAAGAGAUCAAAGGCCUUGUUGAAGAAGGCGUCUCUACAAAUACAAUCAUCAAGGGCUACCGCUAUGCUGCCCGUCUCGCUACGGAAAAAAUCAAAUCAAUUGCAGUUAAGGUUGACAAAUCCAACCCAGAAGAGCUUCGCGAUCUGCUGGAACGAUGUGCAGCUACCGCAAUGUCCUCCAAAAUCAUUUACAAAAACUCAGCCUUUUUCACAAAGAUGGUUGUUGAUGCCGUCCUUACUCUCGACCAAAACGAUCUUAAUGACAAGCUUAUUGGCAUGAAGAAGGUCCCUGGUGGCAGCAUCGAGGACUCACUUUUUGUGUCUGGUGUUGCUUUCAAAAAGACUUUUGCUUAUGCCGGCUUUGAGCAACAGCCCAAAUCCUUCAAGUCCCCCAAGAUCCUCUGUCUCAAUGUUGAGCUCGAAUUAAAAGCCGAAAAGGACAAUGCCGAAGUCCGGGUAGAAGAGGUUUCCGAGUACCAAGCCGUUGUUGAUGCCGAGUGGCAAAUCAUUCUCUCCAAGCUCGAGGCUUGCAAGGACUCGGGCGCUAGCAUUGUGCUUUCCAAGCUCCCCAUAGGCGAUCUGGCCACUCAGUACUUUGCCGACCGCAACAUUUUCUGUGCCGGCAGAGUCUCUUCCGACGACAUGAAUAGAACCCUGCAGGCCGUUGGUGGCAUUCUUCACUCCACAACAUCCGACAUCAAGCCAGAAAACCUCGGUACAUGCGACUUUUUCGAAGAGCGCCAGGUCGGCUCUGAGCGAUACAACUUUUUCACUGGCUGCCCCAAGACCAAGACCUGCACUUUGGUUCUGAGAGGUGGCUCUGAGCAGUUUAUUGCUGAAGUCGAGCGCUCGUUACACGAUGCCAUCAUGAUUGUCAAGCGCGCUGUUAAGAAUAAUAUUGUUGUUGCUGGCGGCGGUGCCUGCGAGAUGGAGAUUUCCAAGUAUCUUCGCGAAGUUUCACGCUCUAUUGCCGGCAAGCAGCAACUUCUUGUCGCUGCCUUUGCGCGUGCCCUCGAAGUCAUCCCCAGACAACUGUGCGAAAACGCUGGUUUCGACGGUACCGACAUCCUUAACAAGCUCCGCAUGCAGCACGCCAAGGGUGAGCAGUGGGCUGGUGUCGAUUUCAUCUCCGAGUCCACAGCAAACAACUUUGACAAGUUUGUCUGGGAGCCGGCUCUCGUCAAACUUAAUGCUAUCAAUUCGGCAACCGAAGCUGCUUGCCUGAUUCUGUCUGUCGACGAAACUGUCAAAAAUGAAGAAUCCGGUGGCGGCCAAGGCCCACCACCUGGUGCCAUGCGCGGUGGAAUGGGCGUUCCUCGCUAA